AUGUUGCGUGUUUCAGACGUAAACCUGAGAGAAACUGAAGGAAUCGCGCCUAACCCAGAUUGUAUUAAAGAAGUGGUCGCUUGUCAAUGCGAAUUAGGGCGUGAGAAGCUUCUUACUGCGCCACCGUAUAAGAAGUUUAGUUUAAUAAAAGAUGAUGAUGCGAAAUCCCGAAUCCUCACUGCUCCCUGUGCAAGAGAAACGGAGCAGUACAAAUGCCCAAUCAGUCAUAUUCUGGUCACAUUCAAGUCCCCCUUACACCCUAACGAAGUGUUCAACAAAGUCUUCCCAUCCAAUACACCUAUUAAAUAUGUCAAACGCAAGUUAGCCAAAUUACUAUCUGUGUCAAACAAUAAUCUUUUACUUACAAAAAAUAGAAACGUGUUGAAGGAAACCAGUGUUCUCUCCGAUCUGAAGACUGAUACCCUAGGAAACCUAACAGUCGAUGUCUUCACAAAGGAUUCAGAAGAUUUCUCCUUAUCCACAGUUCCAAAAGACUCCUACGUUCAUGAUCUCCUUCAAUCAGUACUUCCAAAGAAGAAAACCAUGGCAUUUAUAGCAAUCAAAUUCCGAGUACGAAAUCAGAACGGAAUUUUUACUCGCUCAUACCAUUCUAUAAUAAAGAUUCACGAAAUUAAGAAGAAUCUAGGUGGUAUCUUUCAAGUUGAGCCUGAUAAUUUAGUUUUGUUGAGAGGUGAACACCCGCUGAAGGAUCGCAUGGCUCUUCUGGACUUGGAUUAUGAUAAAUAUGGAAUCGUGGAGGUGGAAUUGUUGACCAAAAAUAAUGUGCAACUAAAUUUGGAUAAGCUUUAUAGGGAAUUGCCAAUGAAUGACGUGCUUACAGUAAUGGUGCCCUUCGGUAGCACCCUGAAGCAUAUAAAUGUUGAAAUAUUUUCUGAACCCAUACAAAAGCCAUUUCUAGGCGGUUACAGAAAUGUUCAUACAGGGGCAACGUAUCACCACGCGUUCACGCAAACACCACAAAAACCAGAAAAGCUUCUGUCGGAUCAUAAAACGUGUCGCGAUACACAAACAGCUGAAAUGCGCGAAAAAAUAUACGACACAGCGUACAGCCGAGCCACUCAAAUGAACACAGUUCACGCUUACAUACCCAACGUAACUGACAGGAUUGUGGUGCCGGGCAAAUAUGAAACCUAUGACGAAAUGAUCGCGAGACUGAACCACGACCACUACGCCACUAUCAUUCAACGAGCCUUUAGGCACCAUCAGUUCAGGCAGAAAGUUCACAGAUGGCUAAAAGACUGCAUGGAAAGAAUAGCAAGGAUGAAAGAGGAAGAACGAUUGGAACGUGAAGCUAUGGAACGUCGUUUACGCGGAGAUCUUAUCACCAAAACGUUUCCAAAGACACGAGAAGAUUUCGAUCAACUUUAUUCCAUGGUCGAUCGCUGGAAACACGCAGAAAUUGCUAGAAUAUCUCAGUUACACUCAAAAGGGCCGAAAAUUGCCGAAUUUACGUUACUUCUUGAUAAGGAAGUUGAACUGCUGCGAUGUAUUGAAGCUUAUCGAAUUCAAGUGAAGGAGGAUAGCCGAAAAAUAAAAGAAAAACAGUUUCUAGAAGAAAUAUCGAAACCAUUCGCGUGGUAUGGACGGGAUGGAAAGCUAAUAACGAUGGAUACUGUUGAAACCCAGAAGGCGAGGAAACUUAAAGAGCUGUACAACUCAUUUGUCCGCGAUGACAUGGAGACAAAUGAGCGAAUAGAAAUACUAGUCGAUAUGAAGUUUGCCCUACAAGAGUUCCGCCACCCUUUAGCUGAAGAAAUUAUAAACCUCCUCGACAGAGAAUGUGACCUUCUCGUUCGGAGAUGUGACCAUCAUCAAUUAGAAUUUUUAAGACGUAGAAUUACAGCCACUCUUUUUCAACUGAUAAAGACAUCUGAACUUAACUCAGGCGUAACCAAAUGCAAGGAUAUUAGAGAAUAUAGAGAAAUGCAAAACGACAGGCUAUACUUUUGCGAAAUGUGUCAUCAAGUUAAGCUCUACAAAGAUUUUCCGUUGAAUGCGAAAAUAAGCGGUUUCUUAGUGUGCACAUCGUGUUCAUGGAAGGAUGUAAAUGAACGCAGUUGGGUAGAUAUGACGCCAUAUAAGUUUAUACUUAGAGCUGUGCAACGCGACGAGAGGAAGCGAAAAUGUUGGGGUUCAUUUGCAUUUGUUUUACAAGAGAAGGACAUAUUUUUCAUCGUUGAGAAGCUGUGGCAUUCCCAUUCAGCCAUAAGUGAAUGCGCGGAUUUAUCCGAGCUCAGAUUAUGUAGGUGGCACGUUGAUGAAGACUGGUCGCCGUGGAACUGUUUCCUCGUCACCGUCCAAGAGAUGAAAGCUCAUCUGAGACUGGAGAGACCAGAAGAUGUGUACGAUGAGGAACUAGUACAAAAAGUACAGAAUAAACAUAAGCUUGCGAAAGCAAACUUUGAACAGCUGAUGUCAGUAAACAAACGUUUCACGGAGAGUGGUGAUUGGCCAGCUAUUCUCGCCCCGGCAGUAGCGAGAACAAAAGCGGUUGAUAUAAUAUGA